CCCAUGUCCUCAGUAGCUCGUUACGAAUCGUUUCUCGUCCACAAUGCUUCGACGAUAUCUGGACUGGAAUCUACGCUCCGCUCCCUCUCCUGGCUACUGCCUGGUCGCUUCAAGGAUGCAGAGCUAGCGACCGAACUCCUGUCGGCCUCUCUCAAUGUAUUGAGCAUGUACCACGACACAAUUCUCUCCCGCAUCGUCAACGCCGAUCCGAAGCACAAACCCCUAUUGCCCUCGUCCCAGCACUCGCGUUACACGCGUUCUUGGACCGAGUCGAGCCAACUUUACAGAUGGGCAGCCAGGACCCUAGAGCUCAUCCGAUUUACGGAACUGUUGGUGGAGAUGGGUUUACGCCGGAAGGUUUCUGUCAAAGUGAAAUGGAGAGCCAUUGUUCUGAUUGAGACCAUAAAAGCGCUCCUCCGUCUUUUAAUCCUGCGCAUCACACGCCGGCCAUUAGUGUCCCCCCUGAUUCCCGAGCGGGAAUAUGAUCCUUCGACGCUUCCUCCUUCAGGAGCCUCGUCGCCGACUCUGGCCCCUUCUUCUCCCCCAGAUUCCGCUCCAGCCACGCCCGAGCACUUGAAAAACAAUCAUGUUCCCUUGCCUCUGCAUCCUCUUCUAUUGCCUUCUGCCCCUGGACAAUCCGCUGAGGAUUAUCUUCUCUCGAAAGCAUUGACAACAUCGGCCGUGCGGUCUCCCGUGAACCUCGUGAAACCGCUAACUUCAUUAUUGGAGUGGGUCGCUGAGAUCAUCUAUAUCUGUCGGCCGCUCGUCUAUGCUGCCAUGCUGGCUCGUGACCGACGAUCGAGCCGCCCUAUGACCACUCUCGUGGCCCUUGAGAUUUUGUCUCGUAACCUUCGCCGCACUCCCUCGCCUUCCUCGUCCCUUGAGCGUUCUGAGUAUGCACGUCGUGAUCGAGAUAUCCUUUGGUAUCUCCUUCGGGGACGGAUCUGGCAAUCUUAUACUCGGCCGAAACUGGACUCUUUCGCGGAGAAGGCUUCCCAUUCGUCCUUCCUCUCAAUUGCAGGGGGGCUCGUCAAGGAUUGGUUGCCUCUGAUUGAUGAAUAUUACUAUUAUUCCGCGCCCUAGUCUCGGGUCUUCUUCACUCCGACGUCUCGCUAGCUGUAACCUCGUCAUCAUAUCUACGCAUCGUACUCUAUAUAUGCUCCUGCCGCCGCUGCCGCCUCAAUGAACGGUGGUAACUACAACAAAC